GCAUGUUUCAAAAGUCCACCCAUUUGUAUAACUGCUAAAGGCUUGUAAAACUACAAGCACAGCAUUGCAUUCAUGCUUACUAUGCGAUUGUUAAACUGUCAGACACAAGUUGGCUGUUCUUCCUUGUUCUGAGUGAUGGCUCGUGGGACUUUGAGUUUUUUCUUCAUCCUCUCCUUCUUUGGAGGUCAUUUGGUGCCGGCAGCUGGCUACGCUAAUGGUAAGGUCACUAAAGCCUGCAGUACUAUGGAACCUCAUCAUGGUGUCCCAGCUCAGACGACUACCAGCCCCUACCAGCUGAAAACCAACGUCACCAGCUUCAGUCCAGGAGACAAGAUCCAGGUCAUCCUCACAGGUUCAAAGUCCUUUGAAGGCUUCCUGUUACAGGCCCGGGAUCCAACCAAUCAGGCCUCCGUAUCAACGAUCGGCACCUUCAUGUUAACUAAUCCUAUCAGAACGCAGCUGCUCACCUGCUCUAUGCACCAGGAUUCAGCUGUGAGCCACACAAGUGACCACAAACAGAGCAAGGUGGUGGUGAUCUGGAACGCUCCUCAUGACGCUCCAGACACAGUUCAGUUUUUCGUGACUGUGGUUGCACACUAUAGUAAGUAUUGGUUGAAGAUACCUGGACCGAUCAUCUACCAGCCUGGUGUCACCCCCCUCCCUCCUCUUUUGAGCACAACCCCUAAUGUUAUUCCAGCAAGCACCCCUUCCACCCUCCCUGGGCCUAUUACUUCUGAGGGCUGCGGGGUUCUGAAAUCUUGCCUUGUAGACCCCCCAGGAUGCAAUCCAGGGGAAGAUCUCCACUGCUUUUUCUUAUCCAUGUUUAAAGAAGAUUCAGAGAAACAGGUGAUGACAUUCGAGCUGAGUGGCCCAGCAGAGGGAUACAUUGCUUUUGCUCUAUCCUUGGACAAAUGGAUGGGCAACGAUGACGUCUACAUGUGUGUGACUGAUGGGGACAGUGUGUCUGUCAGUGCUGCCUUUGUUAGUGGGCGAACAUAUCCUGAAGGACAAACACAGCGUGGACUCUCCUCUGUGUCAUGGAGACUGGCAGAUGGACUAAUUCAGUGUAGAUUUAGUCGAGCAGUGAGACUUAGCCAUGAAGAACCAGCCCGCUAUGAUCUGGACCAGCAUUAUUAUCUCUUCUUGGCCAGUGGACAUGAUUUUGGGAAGCACAAACAGCAACCAUUAGUCUCCUCUCAGAGAAAACUUAUUAAUGGUUCCGCUGAAGUUCUUCAUGGUUCCCGGGGGCCACUAAUUUUGAAAAUGCAUGGUGCUCUCAUGCUGUUUGCCUGGAUGCUAACAGGAAGUGUUGGUACUUUUAUCGCCAGUUUCUACAAACACCAGUGGGCGAAUCAGACCCUGUUAGGUCAGAAAGUCUGGUUUCAGGUUCAUCGAGGGCUGAUGAUGCUAACAGUCAUUCUCACAGCUAUAGCCUUCUCCUUCCCAUUUUUCUACAGGAGAGGAUGGAGCAAGCAUGCAGGCGCCCACCCUUAUAUCGGCUGUAGUGUUGUGGUGUUAUCUGUGCUUCAGCCAGUCAUCGCUGUGUUCAGACCCCCGCCGGAUUGUAAGAGGAGACCAAUUUUUAACGUGUUUCACUGGGGAGUCGGAUCUUUAACUGAAAUCCUAGCAGUGGCUGCCAUGUUUACAGGCAUUCGUCAGUCCUCGUUGCUCCUCCCUUUUCCACAAGCAGAAAAUGUUCUGAUUGGCUACGUGACUUGGUUGGCCUUUUUCCGGCUUCUUCUUUUGAUCAACAAACACUUUCAGUUCAGGAAAUCAAUGCAAUUAGAUGAGCAACAGAUUGUCUCCUCUGAACAACUACAGAUUAGUUCUAAGGACUCAUGCUUGAAGACUCUCCUGUUAGCUGCCCUGGCUUUGGGAAACACUGGUCUUCUGAUGGCUUUGCUGUCUACUAUUGCUGAACUUUGACAUUUUUAGUGCAAUAACCUAAGUAGACAUUAUUAACAUUCUGUCAGUGCAGGGUUUUAAGUUCGGCCUGGCUCAUAAUGUAUGAUAAAUAAUCCUUAAAAUAUGGACACUGUCUGUGUUUUAAUAAAUCAUUAUCUAACCCA